CCCCCCCCGCCCCCGCCAUGUAGAAAAGAUGGCUGCUGUGCAAGUUGCCAGCUUGUUUCCUUCGGGGCAGCAGCGGGAGGCACCGCGGGAAGCAAUCCCUGAGCGAGGCAGUGGGUUUCGCCGCUUGUCUGCCAGGCUCUGCGCCCUGCGCCCGGAUGACAGCAGCUCCGCCCGCACCGAGAUCCACCUGCUUUUCGAUCAGCUCAUCUCCGAGAACUACAGCCAGGGCAGUGGUGUGGCCCCGCAGUUUCUGAGCUCUUGGAGGUUCAGGAACAUGUUUGUUUUUACCUUUGGAGCCCAAGGACCUCGCACACUAUGGCACAUAGACGUUAGUGCUCUUCUUGUCCAGGCGUGCCGACUGGUACCUCUUAAUCAGAAUCAUCUUGUCAGCAAAGUGUCCCAGCUUAACCACCAUUUACUUAACAGAUUACAGGUAAUUGUUGAUGAACAGCACUUGGAUUUCCUGUUGGCAUAUACUAUUUCAGCUAUUCAUCAGUGUAGUUCCUGGACACACAUGGAAAUUCUUCAAGCCCUGGCAGCUCUGGUGUACUGCAAUGGCUCAAAAUGUCAAAAGUACCUCCCAGAGCUGCUAGGCAAGACCGGACUCUUAAUGAAGUUGAGUGACUUGGCUCAGUCGGAUCCUGAAGUCAGGAGAGCUGCAGUAUAUUGUAUGGCAAAGUUAUGUCUCAGUAUGCCAGGACAGCCGUAUUUGGAGGAGCCCUGCCAAAAUGUCUGUUUCCAAGCUUUCCUGACUAUUUUACAAUCUCCAAAAUCAUCUGAUAUGGAUGAUGUCACAUUUUGCAUGUUAUUGCAAAAUGCAUUAAAAGGUAUACAGUCACUUCUAAAUGGUGGAAGAAUGAAACUAACACAGACCGAUGAACUUGGAGCACUUUUAGCUGUGCUAAAGAAAUUCAUGUUUCACGGACUCCCUGGACUAAACAUAGAGAUGCCCACGGUGUUAUACCCAACUCCGCUUCCUCAGUAUGAUGGGCGAACACCUAUCAAACCACAGCAAUCAGAAUCCAGUGCUUCUCGACCAACUUUGAAUAAAAAGAAAAAGUCCAGAGUAAAACCAAAGAAAAUCCAGCAAGGAGAGGAGGAGGAAAAGGAAUCCAGUGGUGAAAUAGAGGCAGCCCCAGUCACUGGCACAGGCAGAGUGAACCUGCAUGAAGGGAACACUUGGUGUCCCUCCUCCCUGGGUGUCCAGAGUUUGCCUUUAGAUGGAAGUGGAGCUGCAGGAAAAGAUGGAGUCUCCUCACCCUUCAGUUCUUCCAGUUGGAAAAGGGUCAGCAGUAGUGAGUCAGACUAUUCUGAUGCUGAAGGAGGCAUGCAGAGUAAAAUGAGGUCUUACCAAGCUAAAGUUCGCCAAGGAGCCUUAGUUUGUUUUCUUUCAACUAUAAAAUCGAUAGAAAAAAAGGUUCUUUAUGGCUACUGGUCAGCCUUUAUUCCUGAUACACCUGAACUUGGCAGCCCACAGUCAGUGUCCUUGAUGACCCUUACAUUGAAAGACCCUUCUCCAAAGACACGUGCCUGUGCUCUGCAAGUUUUAUCUGCCAUCUUGGAAGGCUCAAAGCAGUUUCUUUCUGUUGCUGAGGAUACCAGUGACCACAGAAGGGCUUUUACCCCCUUCUCCGUAAUGAUCGCUUCCAGCAUUAGAGAGUUGCACAGAUGUCUUUUGUUAGCUUUGGUGGCGGAGUCAUCCUCACAGACCCUUACUCAGAUAAUUAAGUGCCUUGCAAAUUUAGUAUCAAAUGCACCUUAUAAUCGUCUAAAACUCAGCCUGCUGACCAAAGUCUGGAACCAGAUAAAGCCUUAUAUUCGCCACAAAGAUGUUAAUGUUCGUGUGUCAAGUCUCACACUCUUGGGAGCUAUAGUGUCCACCCACGCACCUUUACCUGAAGUCCAGCUGCUUCUGCAACAGCCAUGUUCUUCUGGACUCAGUAAUAGCAAUUCAGCAACCCCUCACCUCAGCCCUCCUGAUUGGUGGAAGAAAGCCCCUACAGGACCCUCUCUGGAAGAAACAUCAGUUAGCUCACCUAGGGGAUCUUCAGAGCCCUGCUGGCUCAUUCGACUCUGCAUUUCCAUUGUCGUACUGCCCAAGGAGGAUUCCUGUUCAGGUAGCGAUGCUGGCUCUGCAGCAGGAGGCAACUACGAACCAUCCCCCAUGCGACUGGAGGCCUUACAGGUAUUGAGUCUUCUGGCAAGGGGCUACUUUUCAAUGACUCAAGCCUACUUGAUGGAGCUUGGAGAGGUGAUUUGCAAGUGCGUGGGGGAAGCAGAUCCAUCCAUUCAGCUUCAUGGAGCAAAGCUUCUGGAAGAACUGGGCACAGGCUUAAUACAGCAACAUAAACCGGACUCCACUGCAGCACCUGAUCAGAGAGUGCCAGUCCUCUUGAUGGUGAUGUUCUGGACUAUGAUGCUGAACGGUCCUUUACCCAGAGCCCUGCAGAAUUCGGAGCACCCAACUCUCCAGACGAGCGCCUGUGAUGCCCUGUCUUCCAUCUUGCCAGAGGCCUUCAGCAAUCUGCCGAAUGAUAGGCAGAUCCUGUGCAUCACAGUGCUGCUCGGGCUGAAUGACAGCAAGAAUCGCUUAGUGAAAGCUGCAACUUCAUGGGCCCUGGGAGUCUAUGUGCUUUUUCCCUGUCUCAGACAGGAUGUCAUAUUUGUUGCAGAUGCAGCAAAUGCAAUGUUGAUGUCACUUGAAGACAAGUCUCUAAAUGUUCGAGCCAAGGCAGCCUGGUCCCUGGGCAACCUGACAGACACUGUGAUUAUCAACAUAAGCAUUAAAAUGCGUGGCUCAGGCUAGCAAGAAGAGAUCACUGGCAGAUUUUGAAAAGUACUUGAAAAUGGCAAACAAUACCAAAGAAUUAGAAGAUUGUGAGGAAGGUAAUAAACUGGGAGCAAUUAACAGCACAUUAAGUAAUCAAAGCAAAGAAGCUUUCAUUGACUGGGCAAGAUAUGAUGAUUCACGGGAUCACUUUUGUGAACUUGAUGAGGCUGCUGCCAUUCAAAACAUUUUCUCAGGGACCUACGUUGCAGUUCACUCUUUGUUGGACAGGAGAGACCAAUGAUAAAUCUACAGCUCCCAUUGCCAAACCUCUUGCCACUAGAAAUUCAGAGAGUCUCCAUCAGGAAAACAAGCCUGGUUCAGUUAAACCUACUCAAACUAUUGCUGUUAAAGAAUCAUUGACUACAGAUCUACAGACAAGAAAAGAAAAGGAUACUCCAAAUGAAAACCGACAAAAAUUAAGAAUAUUUUAUCAGUUUCUCUAUAACAACAAUACAAGGCAACAAACUGAAGCAAGAGAUGACCUGCAUUGCCCUUGGUGUACUCUGAACUGCCGCAAACUUUAUAGUUUACUCAAGCAUCUUAAACUCUGCCAUAGCAGAUUUAUCUUCAACUAUGUUUAUCAUCCAAAAGGUGCUAGGAUAGAUGUUUCUAUCAAUGAGUGUUAUGAUGGCUCCUAUGCAGGAAAUCCUCAGGAUAUUCAUCGCCAACCUGGAUUUGCUUUUAGUCGCAAUGGACCAGUUAAGAGAACACCUAUCACACACAUUCUUGUGUGCAGGUCAAAACGAACAAAAGCAAGCAUGUCUGAAUUUCUUGAAUCUGAAGAUGGGGAGGUAGAACAGCAAAGAACAUAUAGUAGUGGCCACAAUCGUCUGUAUUUCCAUAGUGAUACCUGCUUACCUCUCCGUCCACAAGAAAUGGAAGUAGAUAGUGAAGAUGAAAAGGAUCCUGAAUGGCUAAGAGAAAAAACCAUUACACAAAUUGAAGAAUUUUCUGAUGUUAAUGAAGGAGAGAAUGAAGUGAUGAAACUCUGGAAUCUCCAUGUCAUGAAGCAUGGGUUUAUUGCUGACAAUCAAAUGAAUCAUGCCUGUAUGCUGUUUGUAGAAAAUUAUGGACAGAAAAUAAUUAAGAAGAAUUUUUGUUGAAACUUCAUGCUUCAUCUAGUCAGCAUGCAUGACUUUAAUCUUAUUAGCAUAAUGUCAAUAGAUAAAGCUGUUACCAAGCUCCGUGAACUGCAGCAAAAAUUAGAAAAGGGGGAAUCUGCUUCCCCUGCAAACGAAGAAAUAAUUGAAGAACAAAAUGGGACAGCAAAUGGUUUUAGUGAAAUUAACUCAAAAGAGAAAGCUUUGGAAACAGAUAGCGUCUCAGGAGUUUCAAAACAGAGCAAAAAACAAAAACUCUGAAAAGAUCUAACCCCAUGUUAUGGACAAACACUGAAAUUACAUUUUAGGGAAUUCAUCCUCUAAGAAGAAUUAUGUUUUUGUUUUUAAUCAUAGGUUCCAAACAGGCAGUGUUAGAUGAAGUAAAUGAUUUCAACAAGGAUAUUUGUAUCAGGGUUCUACUUCACUUCAUUAUGCAGCAUUACAUGUAUAUCACUUUUAUUGACGUCAUUAAAACAUUCUGUACUUUAAGCAUGAAAAGCAAUAUUUCAAAGUAUUUUUAAACUCAACAUUUGCCAUCAAAUAUGUUGAAUUGAUAAUCUAGAAGUUAUUUCAUAUAUAAAUUAGGAUUUUUUUGCAUUUAUGACUGGCUGUUUUUCUACUUUGUAAUUGUGAGACAUUUUCUUGGGGAGGGAAAAUUGGAAUGGUUCCCUUUUUUAGAAAUUGAAGUGGUCUUCAUAUAUCAACUACAGAAAAGGAAAAAAAUAGAAAUUGAAGGAUUUUUAUGAAAUUAUAUUGCAUUACUAUUUGCAGUCAAACUUCGAUCCUUGUUUUUGAAAUCAUUUAUCAAUUUGGAAUGAAAAAUUAUAAUGUAAGAUAUUUACAUUACAUAAGUUCAUUUUACAAUUAAAAAAUAGCACUUCUUCAUCUUAUGCCUGUUUGAGAAGAUACUAAAUUUUCACAUUGUUGACAGUGAAAUGCUAUGUUGGUUUAUAAGAUUACUGACCAUUUGUUUUCAUGUGGAUAAUUUUAGUGCAUUGCUCACCCGGUAUUUUUUUUUUUUUUAACUUGAACAUUUUGCUCGUUUUGGUUUUUCUUUUUUAAUUAGAUAAUCACAUGGAAAAUUAAGCUGUUCGUAUCUUUAAAUUAGGAUUGCAAACCAAGGGAAGAACACAUUUGAGAUUUUAAGAUGUCACUUAUAAGGGGAGAAGUGUUCUUAAAAAGUCAACCAGAAAACUGUUAUGCCUUUUAUUUCUUUGCAAGGAUGUCUUUGUAAUGUGUUUCAUGAAUAGAAUAUCCAAUACAGAUAAGCUGACUUGAAUCAUUUUGAGCAAUUUUGCCCUGUGUUAUGUGUGUUUCACGCACAUAUUUGCAGUUGGAUUUUCUCCAACAGAAAGUGGAUUCACUACUGGCACAUUAACAAGCACCAAUAGGUUUUUAUUCCAACUCCGAGCACUGUGGUUGAGUAACAUCACCUCAAUUUUUUAUUAUCCUUAAAGAUAUUGCAUUUUCAUAUUCUUUAUUUAUAAAGGAUCAAUGCUGCUGUAAAUACAGGUAUUUUUAAUUUUAAAAUUUCAUUCCACCACCAUCAGAUGCAGUUCCCUAUUUUGUUUAAUGAAGGGAUAUAUAAGCUUUCUAAUGGUGUCUUCAGAAAUUUAUAAAAUGUAAAUACUGAUUUGAUUGGUCUUUAAGAUGUGUUUAACUGUGAGGCUAUUUAACGAAUAGUGUGGAUGUGAUUUGUCAUCCAGUAUUAAGUUCUUAGUCAUUGAUUUUUGUGUUUAAAAAAAAUAGGAAAGAGGGAAACUGCAGCUUUCAUUACAGAUUCCUUGAUUGGUAAGCUCUCCAAAUGGUGAGUUCUAGUAAACUCUGAUUUUGCCUCUGGAUAGUAGAUCUCGAGCGUUUAUCUCGGGCUUUAAUUUGCUAAAGCUGUGCACAUAUGUAAAAAAAAAAAAAUAGAUUAUUUUAGGGGAGAUGUAGGUGUAGAAUUAUUGCUUAUGUCAUUUCUUAAGCAGUUAUGCUCUUAAUGCUUAAAAGAAGGCUAGCAUUGUUUGCACAAAAAGUUGGUGAUUCCCUCCCCCAAAUAGUAAUAAAAUUACUUCUGUUGAGUAAACUUUUUAUGUCAUCGUAAAAGCUGAAAAAAUCCCUUUGUUUCUAUUUAUAAGAAAAAAGUGCUUUUCUAUAUGUACCCUUGAUAACAGAUUUUGAAGAAAUCAUGUAAGAUGAUAAAGCAUUUGAAUGGUACAGUAGAUGUAAAAAAAAUUCAGUUUAAAAGAACAUUUGUUUUUACAUUAAAUGUUUAUUUGAAAUCAAAUGAUUUUGUACAUAAAGUUCAAUAAUAUAAAAGCUGUAUUCUGUUUUGGGGGGUUUUGUUAUUAUGCAUUGUUAACAUGUACAUUAAAAUUUUGAUUUAGAUAGCA